AGUCACUGGAAUGACCUUCACCAGCGCCUGCCGCCAUAUCUCUCUCCCUCUUGUUUCUCCGGUUCGACCCCCUUUUUUCUUCCUCCUUGUGUAGUUUGACCCCCUUUUUUCUUCCUCCUUCUGUUGACCUGCACCAACGCCACCACUCUCUCUCUCUCUCUUCCAUCACAACUUUGAUUGCGUAGCCUUUUUGGUUCUCUGCCAUUGUCUCGCAGUUUCUUUGCUCUCGCUCUCGCUCUCCCUCUCUCUCUGUCUGAGGUAUGAUUUCGACCGGCGGAUGGGUUUCAUCUGCUCGAAUAACUUUCUUCUUCUUCGUCUUCUAUCUCUUCUUCAACCCCGUUCUUUCCGCAACAAAUCCGAACAACACAGCCUGCGCCCCGCAGACCUGCGAUGGGAUCCUCAUCCAGUACCCCUUCUCCCUUUCUUCCCAAUCAGGCAGCGGAUGCGGCUACCCUGGCCUCAACCUCCUCUGUCUUGACAACAACCGGACCCUCCUCCUCCAGACCCCCACCCUCAACUUCACCGUCAGCGGCAUCGACUACUCUGCCCGCAGCAUCGAUGUAGCCAUCGACCCCAUGUACAUGGAAGGUCCUGGAAACUGCCGGUAUCCGCGGAAGAACAUGACCCUUCAAGACAUAAAGGGUACAACCGAUCCCCUCCCUUUCAUCUUCACCAACGGAGCCACGAUACAGGUGACCUUCUUCUACAAUUGCUCGACGCCUCCCAGUGGUAGCGGCAGUGGUGGUUACUCUGGGGAUGGCGGUGUUUACGAUUUUACCGUCAAUGUGGUCCCUUCUUGUUCUGCCGCUGCUUCGCGUUCCUACGCCUUCUUCGGCGCCGACUCGCCUGGUACGGUUGCCAUGAACUGCCAGUCGUCUGUGAUCUUCCCGGUGUCGGCGUCGUCUACUGCUAACAAUCUGGCAAGCACCUUGAGCGACAGCUUCUCCAUGAAUUGGACGGUCGACACCACGACCAGUUGCUACGGUUGCUCUCAGUCAGGUGGGCGUUGUGGCUCUGACUCCACGGGCAACUUCAUUUGCUUCUGCCAGGCUGAUUCUCACCUGGCCACCUGCAACCACUCCGGAGGCGCAAAGAAUGGAGUAAUAGCAGGUAUUGGAGUUGCAGCUGUUUGUGCCUUACUGAUCAUAGCAUGUGUAUUAUAUUCCUGCACAAGAUGCACCUUUUUCCGGAGGUACGAGUCAUUGACAACUGCAAAGCUUGAAAGGUUUCUAAGUGAUUAUCGAUUACUAACAGUAACGCGAUACACGUACAAUGAGAUCAAGAGAAUGACAAAUAAGUUUGAGCAUAAGCUUGGGCAAGGUGGCUAUGGAAGUGUUUUCAAGGGAAAGUUACCUAACGGCCAUCUUGUUGCUGUGAAAUUAAUGGAGAAGUCAUACAAUGAUGGAGAAGAGUUUAUUAAUGAGGUAGCUACCAUCGGCAGGAUCCACCAUGUUAAUGUUGUUCGCCUGGUGGGCUUCUGUGUUGAAGGAUCUAGAAGAGCUCUUAUAUAUGAAUUCAUGGCAAAUGGUUCGUUGGAGAAGCACAUUCAGAUGAAUGAAACCACAGGAUGUUGUCACUUGGCCUUGGAGAAGUUGCAGAGUAUAGCUGUGGCCAUUGCAAGGGGAAUUGAGUAUUUACACCAAGGUUGUGACCAGAGAAUCAUUCACUUUGACAUCAAGCCACAUAAUAUAUUACUCGAUGAAGAUUUCACACCAAAAAUUUCCGACUUUGGGCUGGCAAAAUUGCACUGUAAGGAACAAAGUCUGGUUUCUAUUACACAAGGGAAAGGUACGAUCGGCUACAUAGCGCCGGAGGUAUUCUACGGGAACUUUAAGCAUGUCUCACACAAAUCAGAUGUAUAUAGUUUCGGAAUGCUACUAUUGGCAUUGGCUGGAAUGAAAGGCACACCCAAUUCCAGUGGCAGCAAUACAAGUGCAGCAUAUUUCCCGCAGUGUAUAUAUGAUCGCCUUUGCCACGAUAAAGGACGUGAAGUUGUUGGGAUUGGAGAAGAAACUAUGAGAAAGAUUACCAUUGUAGCUUUGUGGUGCAUACAGUGGAAUCCUGUCGAUAGACCUUCUAUAAAAGAAAUAGUCAGCAUGUUCGAGAGUGAAACGGCAGAUCUAGAAAUGCCACCCAAUCAUUUCUUUCCUGCAGCUCAAUCAGAUUGUAUACCCGUGGACUUCAAAUCUUCAACCUUUUCAGACUGAUUGAUAAGAUUACAUGAUCACUUGUUUCCCUUUUAUUUGUAUGAUGAAGAUACUGCAUGAGAGAUCUUUACUUGUAACAGUAACCUGCUUCUGCUAUCGGUUCAAUAUAUCUCACAGUUAGUAGAGAAACUU